CGUCUCAGUUCAAUCGCCGAGUCGGGCGGGCUGGGAUCCACCUUUCGGGGAUCAAAAGCGGAAGCCAAACAAGUCCCCGGGACGGGACAAUUAUAUCAGAUCAAAGUUUCCAGAUCAUUCGCGUCGGGCACUAGAUUAUUAGCAUUUCUCAGCAAGCCUUUCGCAAUACUAUCAUAGGCCUUGUAUAAUUAUUCCCUGUAUCACACUUACGACAAUGGCAUCGCUUACAUCCACUAUUCGCAGAAGUGCAGUCGCUCUUGAAACCGUACCAACAAAAGCUUUUACAUCGCUAGCUGUGUCACAAUCUUCCAGAACACGCACUUAUCACACGGCCUCGGAUAAUUCUGUUCAAAGAAGAAGCCGAGCCAGUUGCCAAAAGAGUCUAGCAUCGAGACAACCUUGUCUUUUACACUCACGACAUCCAACCCAAAAUCACAUCAUCGGCGGCGCUAGAUUUGCGACCACUACUACCAUAAUGGCAGAACCAACUGUCCACUCCCUAUUCGAGCCUGUUACUGGCACCUGGCAGUACAUUGUCUCGGACCCCAACACCAAGAGUGCCGUCAUCAUCGACCCAGUUCUGGACUAUGAUCCCGUCAAAGCAGCCGUGUCGACAGGAUCGGCUGAUGCCAUCCUCAAGACUGUCAAAGACAAUGGCUUGAAGAUUGAGAUGAUUCUAGAGACGCAUGCUCAUGCGGACCAUCUGACUGCUGCAUCAUAUCUCCAGUCAGCCCUUGCCAGAAGUCAAGGUUCCAAGCCGCUCAUCGGCAUUGGAAAGCUUAUCCGCCAGGUUCAGAGCUUAUUCGGAGAACGAUAUGGCAUCGAUCCAAGAGAGUAUGAUACCGUGUUUGAUAAGCUAUGGGAAGAUAACGAUGAGUUCACCAUUGGCACUUUGUCUGCCCGGGCUGUUCAUCUCCCUGGCCAUACGCCAGAUCACAUGGGAUACCAUAUUGGUAAAAACGUGUUUGUUGGUGAUUCCAUCUUCCACGUUGAUAUCGGCUCCGCCCGCGCAGACUUCCCUGGUGGCAGUGCUGAGGCCAUCUUCAACUCUGGCCGCAGGCUUCUCGCACUCCCAGAGGAUACAAAGAUCUGGGUAGGGCAUGACUAUCCACCGGCUGACCGAGAAGCCCCGGUUCCCUUUGCUACGGUGAAGGAACACAGAGAGAACAACAAGCAUCUCAAGGAUGGAACGCGUGAGCAUGAGUUCAUUGAGAUGCGCAAGAAACGUGAUGAGUCCCUUGCUGCGCCUCGAUUGAUUCAUCCUUCGUUGCAGGUCAACAUUAGAGGUGGACGACUGCCGGCACCGAACCCGGCAGGACUCAAGACGAUUCAUUUACCAGUGACGGGUUCGUCGUGGUAGAGAAGUCUUGUGACACAAUGCCCUGUCUAAGGAACGCAUAUUGUAUAGUAACGUGGAAACGGUCCUUUCCAUUUGGUGCUGAAGAAAAGGUAUUCAGAAUGAUAGUUUAGCCAGCCAAAACAGAUCGAAAAUUACUUUCAGUAUCUCCCAUUUGAUCUCUACUCCAUGUUUGUCGGUGUAGAUAGCACUUCGCAUUGAAAAUAAUUACAUGUAGAGAGUCCAGGCUCCC